AAAACCAAGGCUUUACCUCUUUGUUUUUAUACUUUGAACGACUCCCCUAAUUCUUCACUAUCCCCUCUCUUAAUUUCUUCCACUACUUUUCAUCGCUGCCCCUCUUUACUCCUUAAAGGCACUCUCAUCUUUUAACUCUUUAGAUCCAACCCGAUUUCAAUGGCAGCUCUUCAACCAACUUCUCUCUCAAAGCAUCCUUUAUCUAGUGGAACUCCAACGCAGAUCUUUGGUUCCAAGGUCCAAAGUGGGGAUUUGCUACCGACCCAGUUCAGAUUUUGGACUUCUUUCAGGAGCAAAACAGGUGUGAAACUGAAGGCUUCAGCAGAGCCUCCAGCGCUAACACGGGAGCUUAAAGGUGAUGAACUAAAGGGCAUAAUGGAAAUGGAAAGUGGUUGUGAUUUGUUUGACAAGUUGAAAAAUGGGUUCCUCAGUUUCAAAAGCCAUAAAUAUAUGGAAAACUUGGAAUGCUAUCAAGCACUCGCCAAGGGUCAAGCUCCUAAAUUUAUGGUGAUUGCCUGUGCAGAUUCAAGGGUAUGCCCUUCAACCAUCUUGGGAUUUGAACCAGGAGAAGCCUUCAUGGUUCGCAAUGUUGCGAAUAUGGUGCCAACAUACGAGAGUGGCCCAUCGGAAACUAAUGCUGCACUGGAAUUUGCUGUAAAUUCACUUGAAGUUGAAAACGUUUUCAUCAUUGGUCAUAGCUGCUGUGGUGGCAUUCGUGCCCUCAUGAGUAUGCAAGAUAAAGCGGAAUCAAGCUUUAUCCGGAGUUGGGUUAUUGUCGGAAAGAAUGCAAAACUAAGUACAAAGGCUGCUUCUUCAAACCUCAGUUUUGACCAGCAAUGCACACACUGCGAGAAGGAAUCAAUCAACAAUUCAUUGUUGAACCUGCUUACUUAUCCAUGGAUAGAAGAGAAGGUGAAGAAAGGGAUGCUUUCUCUGCACGGUGGCUACUAUGACUUUGUCAACUGUACUUUCGAGAAAUGGACAUUGGAUUACAAGGGAAGCAUCAUGAAUGGAAAAAACAGAGUCGUAGUGAAGGAUCGGUUAUUUUGGUGCUAACCUUCUUGAUCCAUCUUAUCUUUUUUAUCUGUCGCUUCUGCAUUCGCUGUUCCAUUCACAGUUUUCUUGAUUCGUAAGUGUUAAGUGUCAACGCAAUCUAAUAAUGUUUAUUCCUUGUGGUAUCAAGGAAUAACUACUUAGUUGUAAUAAUAUGUUUGCUUCUGUAUCUGUGGUUGAAAAGGAUGUUGAAAAGAAUAUAGGGGACCUGGUUUUGGAAAAUUGAUUUUGUAUGGUGUAAUUCUAAUUCAUUUGAUAACAAUUUUCAACUUAAUAUCAAUUUGUUUGAUUGCUA